ACUGCGUUGAAUCUCCGUCUCUGUUUCUUUCGUCUCUCUCUCUGCAUCGAUGGAGCAACCACCAGAUCGAACGAAGCGACCAUGGAGAUUCACCACGUUCGUCUACACUUCUUCAAUCUCAUUCCUUCUCCUUUCUAUACUCAUACUCUCCUUCACCACGCACGAUCUCUACAAAACCCUACCUCUGAGAUUCAUCUCCACCUAUCUUCAAUCUCUCUCCUCCAAUUCCAAAUCCGAUACUCUUAAAACUCCGUCCCAUUGCGUGUUAUGGAUGGCUCCUUUCCUCUCGAGCGGCGGCUACAGCUCCGAAGCAUGGUCCUACAUCUUAUCCCUCCACCACAACCUCAAACCCCCUAAGUUCCGAAUCACAAUCGAGCACCACGGCGAUCUCCAAUCAAUCGAGUUCUGGAACGGUUUAGCCACAGAGACGAAAGAGCUCGCCAUCGAAAUGCACAAAACAGAGUGUAGACCCAACGAGACGAUCGUCGUCUGCCACAGCGAGCCUGGCGCGUGGUAUCCGCCCUUGUUCGAGACGCUUCCUUGUCCUCCUUACGGUUACUACGGAGACUUUGCGGCUGUGAUCGGUAGAACAAUGUUUGAGACUGAUAGAGUCAAUGACGAGCACGUGGAGCGGUGUAACGGAAUGGAUCGUGUUUGGGUUCCUACUGAGUUUCAUGUAGCGUCGUUUGUGAAAAGCGGUGUUGAUUCGUCUAAGGUUGUUAAGAUUGUGCAGCCUGUUGAUGUUGAGGUGUUUGAUCCUUUAAAGUAUGAGCCUUUGGAUUUGGUGGAGAUUGGGGAUUUGGUUUUGGGUGGCUCUGGAACGAGGAGUUUAGGGUUUGUGUUCUUGAGUGUGUUUAAGUGGGAGAAGAGGAAAGGUUGGGAUGUGUUGUUGAAAGCUUACUUGAGAGAGUUCUCUGGUGAAGACAAUGUUGCUCUUUUCUUGUUGACUAACGCUUAUCAUUCAGAUAGAGAUUUUGGGAACAAGAUUGUUGAUUUUGUGAAAGAGUUGAGUCUUGAAGAGGGGGAAGAUGGUUACCCUUUUGUUUAUGUGAUUGAUAAACACAUAGCUCAGGUUGAUUUGCCUCGGUUGUACAAAGCGGCUGAUGCGUUUGUGUUGCCUACGAGAGGGGAAGGAUGGGGACGGCCGAUAGUGGAAGCUAUGGCGAUGUCUUUGCCUGUGAUUGCUACGAACUGGUCUGGGCCCACGGAGUAUCUGACUGAAGAGAAUGGUUAUCCGUUGGUGGUUGAGGAGAUGAGUGAAGUGAAGGAAGGUCCUUUUGAAGGGCAUCAAUGGGCAGAGCCUUCUGUUGAUAAGCUUAGGGUGCUGAUGAGGCGUGUGAUGAGUGAACCUGAUGAAGCGAAGGUUAAAGGGAGGCGUGGAAGAGAGGAUAUGGUCAAGAAGUUUGCUCCUGAGGUUGUGGCUAAGGUUGUUGCGGAUCAAAUCGAAAGAAUCUUUGAAGAGAAAAUAAGAAGAUGACAGGAUCUCACACUUUGGUUUAGAUCAAAUAAGGAAAGUGAACAGUGAUUGUAUUUUCUCAUUCAAGGAUUAUUCACCAAACAUAGUGUAUAUCAAGGACAGCUUAUUCUCUGAGUUUGUGUUUCUUUUUCACUGGAGAUGAGAGCGAAACAGGACUUGUUUGUA